AUGAGAAAAACGAGUACAAUUGUCUUAUUUAUCGGCUUAUUUUGUGUGGUGAAUGCAGAUUUGAGCAGUGUAAAUGGUGGAGUGGAUUGUGCCACGUGCACAGUUUUUGUCGGUCUGGUGGAGAAACUUGCCACAGUUUACAAUGAAAGUAUUGUUUCGUCGUUGGAAAGGUUGUGUAAUUAUAUGCCAGUGGAAAUUAAAGGAUACUGUCGGAUUGCCAUUGAAUACUUAGGUCCAAUUAUCAUUGAUGGUCUCGUUAGGAAAGAAUCUCCUGAUGAUGUUUGUCAUACGCUGAAGUUCUGUAGAAACGAUCCCGGCCAGUCGGAAUGUCGAUUAUUUCCGAAACGAAAGUCGUCAAGGUCACAUGGAAGGGCUGAUUCUAAAGCAUCGAUAUGCGAUUUACCAGGACUGAAGGAGAUUUGUGAUCUCUUGAAUAAAGUUUUCAAUAAUCAUUUACCAUUAGUUGACCUUGACGGUGAUCGAUUUAGUAGUGAACCAACAAUGCGUGGAAGUUCAUGGCGUGGAAAAGAUUGUAAUGAUAUGUCAUCGAGAAUUCGACCAGGAUCUCGUAUAGUCAAUGGUGAUGUACCUAUUGACCAUAAUUGUAACGGUAUUUUUGGGUUAAAUUCAGCGACAGGAAGAUCAUGGGAAGAAGAUUUGUGCAAUGACACUGAACGUAUUGGUAUUGCAGUUUUAGGUGAUUCACUUUCUGCUCAUUUUCACAUUCCGGAACAAUGGCUUGAUGCACGGCAAUUUUCUUCUGCUGUCUUUGAACACAUGUGGUUUAUUAUUGAAAAUGAAUUUGAUUGGCCACAAUUAUCUACAAGUACAGGUCAUUUGAACAUCAGUUGGCCAAAUAUUCAAGGUAGCGUUUAUCAAUCUCUUCGAAUUCAUCUUUCACAUGCCGAUUUAUGUUUUUUAGGACCCACUCGUUCAUUGUACAGUCGUUUGUUCAGUUUAGAUCAUUGCAAUCAUCGUGAUUAUCAGAAUAUUGCCGUCAAUGGUGCUCGUACAGGUGCAAUGAUCGAUAUUGUUAAAACUUUGACACGUGACCCGAAACGUGACGUAUCAUUGCUUGUUCUCUAUGCCGUUGUUGGCAAUGAUGUUUGUAAUGGACAUCCCGAUACAAUUGAUCAUAUGACAAAAUAUGAUGAAAUGUAUACAAAUGUCCGAACAGCAUUGAUGUAUUUGGACACAGUUUUACCUAAAGGUAGUCAUGUUCUUACAGCUGGUCUUAUUAAUGGUAGUCAUUUUUAUGAAUAUUUACAUGAUCGAAUUCAUCCGUUCGGACGGGUUGGUCCACCGAUAACUUAUACCGAUGUUUAUUCCUAUUUGUCAUGUUUACAAAUCUCACCGUGCAAUGGAUGGUUAACAUCGAAUGAUACACUUCGAACGUUAACAACACAGCGCGCCGUGGAAUUAUCGGAAGCCGUACGGAAUGCUUCAUUUAGUUUCACACCGAAAAAUUAUGAUAUUGAUUACUUUGAAUAUCCAUUUAGUGAAGUUUUUCAAAAGUGGAUUGAACAAGGCGGAGAAGGUUGGCAACUGAUCGAAGGUGUUGAUGGUUUUCAUUUGAACCAAUUCGGUCAUGCUGCAGUUUCCGAUGCCAUUUGGUCUUGGUUAGAAACCAACAAACCGCAAUGGUUACCAAAAGCCAAUCCUCGAAAUGAAGAUAUCGAAAAUGUUUUCAAAGAUCAAGGAGGUUACUGA